CCUAUUAAGGCGGGGGUAAACCUGAAAUUUGCUCCAAAACUGAGUUUUUUGUUUUCCUCGGAAUUUGCAGCUUUGGGUAUUAAACUUUGCUAUGGAAAAAUAAUUUUCCACUUAUUUUCACUAUUUUUGCCUUUUUGAGCGAUUUUAAAAUUCCCGCUCUGACUAAUGGCGUGGUUACCAUGGCAACGAGAAGAGCAUUUUUUAAUUUUUCAGUUGUUUAUAACGUGUUUUUCUGGCAACCAAGCUCCAAACGGGCAGGAUUUAUCGAGAGAUACUUCAUUUAGUCUUAUCUGAAGGGUUUUCUAGGGUCAAAACCAUUAUGGGAUAGAUUUAGAGGCAGUUUUGGUCGACUGUGACACUCAGUGUACUCGGAGCAAUCAAAGGAAAAGUUAUAAUCAAAGGAGAAGUUAUAUCGAAAAUGGUCGGAGAGAAAAGUAGAUCUGUCUACAGGAAGAAAAGAAAGAGAUAUUUUUCUGGAAGGCGAAAACAGAAAGAAGAGUCUGAAGAAACAGCUCCUGAUGUUUACGAAAUCGCCGCCUCAACUCCGAGCACUUCGCGGGAUGAAAAUCAGCUCUCCGACUCGGACUCUAAAGAAACCGUUGGUUCCUCAAGAAAGAAAAUGAAAUAUGCCGACGAGGAGCUUCUUUUAGACAGCACUGAUGAAGAGUAUACCUUCAAUACCGAGGAAAGCGAGGAAUAUAGAUUAAUAAAUGUGAAAAAUUUAUCCACGGCCCUCUCUAAGGCACACGUGUGUGAGAAAGGCACCUUAACUCUUGAGGAAGAUAAAAGUGCAAGAGCAGGGCUGAUGUCACAGUUUUCCCUUCAGUGCAGUUCCUGUGAGGAAUCCAGUCCGCUUCCAACAUCCAGUGGUGUGACCCAGCGAGGGAAAUCCUAUGACAUUAACCGCCGAGUUGUCUACCAUGCUAUAGAGAGUGGCUGUGGUUAUGAAGGCCUUGCCACAUUCUGUGGUAUAAUGAACAUGCCUUGCCUUUCUAAGCCUGCCUACUACAAACAAGUGGACAACAUCCUGGAAGCUCUUGAGGAUGAAGCAAAGGAUGACAUGAGAAAAGCUGGAGAGAGACUUCGGCAGCAGAUUUUGGAAGAAAACCCAGAAAAAGAUCUGGAUGAUACUCUGGAUGCUGUUGUAAGUUUUGAUGGCACUUGGGCCAAACGAGGGUUUACCUCAUUAACUGGAGUGGUUUUUGUCAUUUCAGUGGACACUGGUGAAGUUUUGGACUACCAUGUCCUUUCAAAGGCAUGUCAGAAAUGUGCUUUAAAUAAAGCAAAAUGUGUAAAUGAGGAAGAAUUUGAGGAGUGGUUGUUGGAACAUGAGUGUGACAUAAACUUUGCUGGUAGCUCACCAGCAAUGGAGUGUGAAGGAGCUGUAGUCUUGUGGGAAAGGUCAUUGGAACGUCACAACCUGAGGUACAGAUGGAUGGUGAGCGAUGGUGAUAGCAAGGCCUUUAAUUCUGUGGAAAAUAUUUAUGGUGAAAUCAAAGUUGAGAAAUUAGACUGCGUGGGACAUGUCCAAAAAAGGAUGGGCAAACAUCUGUUGAACCUGAAGGCUAGAACUAAAGGGAAACUAGCUGAUGGCAAACCUAUUGGUGGUAUAGGGAGACUGUCUGACACAAGAAUAAAGAAGUUCCAGAAAGAUUAUGGACUUGCAAUUCGGCAAAAUACCAUCAGGAAAUCCAAUCCAGGAAGAAGGGAGGUGGAGGUUGCAGUUUAUGGAAUGAAAAAAAACAUUAUUGCAAUACUCCAUCACAAUGUUGAGUCAAAUGACCCAGCCAAACAGCAUCGAUUUUGUCCACCAGGGGAAUCCUCUUGGUGUAAAUGGAAGCAAGACAAAGCAACAGGAACAUCUACAUACAGUAGUGGUAACUGUUUGCCAGAUGUCUUUCUUGAUGUCUUGAAACCCACUUUUAUGACUCUAAGUGACUCGAAAUUGCUAGAGAGGUGUGUGUUGGGAACAACACAAAAUCCCAAUGAGUGUGUUAACUCAAUGGUGUGGGUACGGUGUCCUAAACAUAAACACCAUGGUGCAAAAGUAAUUCGGUGUGCUGCAGCAUCAGCAGUCUGCCACUACCAUAAUGGAGCUUCUAGUAGGCUAAAAAUCAUGGAGAGGCUUUGUAUCCCUGGUGGUGUUUGUACAAGAGUGGCAACACAUGCAAAAGACAGUAAAAGAUUGGCUAAGUCCGAUUUGCAGGUUAUGCAGAAGGAAAAGAGACGGCGUCAAGGGGAGCGACUUCUGAGGACUCGUCGAGAGGAAGCCCUUCGAGAAGCUGAAGGAGUUACUUAUGAACCAGGAUGUUUUUAAAUUACUUUUAGAUACUCCUGUGGACAAAAUAUGGACACUUGGGCCACUAUAGUGGUUACAUAUUGUAAAAAAUUAAGUUUGAUUGCUAUCUGUAAGUUUAAAGGCCAUUUUAUCAUUACGCAAUAAUUUUGUCUUCUAGAAAAGAUAUCUUGACAACAAUUUAUCCAAUUGAUCUGAAAUUUUCAGCAUUUGUUCCUUUUAAUAAGUUUUGUGUUAUAAGCAGAGCAAUUUUCCAUAUGAUGUAUGUACUUAAAGUUAUGAAGUGAAACACCCCUCUGAUUUUCCAUGUCAAAUUUAAUUGAUCAUCAUUUAAAAUGUUUUCAACAUAUUAGAAAUCCCUCUGCUUAUAACAGUAAGCAACAUGUCUUCUUUGAAUUGAUACUAAAAACGUUAUUUUUCAUUAAUUCCAGAAGGAGUUAUCUUUUCUUAAGUAACCCCUGGUAGAACCCAGCAGGGAGCUCAAUUAAAUGAGUGGUAUCCUAUUACAAUUGA